AUGGCGCAACUAAAUGAGUUGCCACUGUCGAUUGAGAAGUUCAAUGUUAGAUUGGAAGGAGGGGAGCCUAUGAUAGCUAGGUUGUUGCCUGGAAGCAACGCGCUGUAUGGCUCGCGUACAGUGUCAAAUGAGCAAGAGCUGUUGUAUCAGUGCCCGGGUGUAGUUUUAAAUGAGUACGGAUUCCCGCGUUUUCAUGAACGGACGAGGUAUCAUCCAGAUGUAUGCAUAGGGAGCAAAUGCGGGGUGCAGUUUCACCAAAUCAACCAGGCUUAUGAUGUUGUAAUGUCCAAUUUGAGAGGAGAAUCCAAUGAAAUGGAAAUGGAAAUGUACGAAGCAUGCGAUGAUGAUGCAGGCAUCGACGAAGCAAUGAGGGGAAUGAAUGAUCCAGAUUGGGACCUGUGGGAAGAGUGGAUGGGAUGGGAAGGAGCAGGAAUUCGUGAUUAUUCAUCUCACAUUAAUCCUUAUAUUUGAAAUCGCUUUGUAAUUUCUCUCUUUUUUUUUUUGAAAGUUUAAUUUCAAUUAUGUAUUUAGUUAAAUGCUAAGGCCCUUCUUCUGCCUUCAAAAGUGGUUGGGGUUUGUGUAGAUAGAGAGUGUAGAGCUCAAGUAGGUUAAAGGUAGUCUUGACCUCUGCAUAAUUUAAGCCUAUGUUAACAAAACCAAUCAAACUUGAAAAAGAAUAAAAUCUUA